CGGUCCGUCAGAUUCCAAAUUAGUUGUUUCAAAAGACAACGGUCCAGGCAAUUCCACUUCUCCUUCCAAAAAGACAAUAAACCUAUCCAGUUUAGGGGGGACAGGGAAUAUGGCUACUGAGGCAAAAGGAUUGGGAGCAAAGUUCAAAGGCAUGUUUGGAAAAAAGAAAGUAGGAUUAAGGUUUAAGACAAAAGGAUGGAUGUUAGCGAGGAUAGCCGCUGCAACCAACUGGUUGAUAGGGGGGUUGCCAAGUUCUCAGGGUCGAGGUCGACUGGGUGCAUGGGCUAAGCGUCAAGGACGAAAACGACUUUCAUUUGCAAACAGAGACACAUCGGGUAGAUCAUCACAUUACGACAACCAUGCCUCUGAUUAUGAGGAAGAUGAAUAUGAAUCUGAGGAGGAUUACCACAAUGGGCACCCAGAGAACUUUGAGUACUAUGAUGACGAUGAGUGGGAAAAUGAAUAUGGUUAUUAUGAUGAUGAAGGAUACUUUUAUCCAGAUGAUGAGUUUUAUGAUGAGAAUGAUGUAGAUUACUGCACUUACUCGUAUGAUGAACAUGAAGAUAAUGGUAAUGAAGAGGUUGAGUACUACCAUGGUGACGAUGGAAAGCUUUAUGCUCUUGUGCAAGAACCCUCUGGCUACUCUGGCAAUGCCGUGGAGACUAUCUACAAUCCAUAUGAGCCUGAGAUAUUUUCAGAUUCUUACUUGAAUUAUGCCAAUUAUGACUAUGGUAUUUCAGAGCAGUAUGGUAUGGUGAGUGGUAGUUCUCCUGCUCUCCCAGGUUUACCUGUAUAUCAAGAGGCAAUGCAGGGAUAUUUAGAUGUUGCUGGAGUUAAUAUCCCUUACCAGCCACCAUACUAUGUUGAUGCUGGGCUGGCUACAAUGGAAACAGAACAUCUUUAUAGACAGGAACAAAACCCUUUGUCUUAUACUAGUCUUGAGCAUUUCAGAGUCCCCAGGCCUCAAGUUAGACUAUUUGGAAAAGAAAGACUGGAGGUUGAAACCCUGCCACCACCACAAGCCACUCCAACUCCAAUGUUUUCAUCUCCAUACCCUGGUUUUGACCUGAGAAAUCAUAAUGAGCGUACCCUCCCCACUUACAUCCCAGCAAAGCCCCACUUCCGAACUGUUAGUAGCCAUCAACAAGCCCCCAUCAUACCGUAUUCUGCAACUGCUGAGCAAACUCAUCCUACACUCCCUCCUCUGGUAACUUCCUCUCAUCACUUGUCAGAAUUUUCUCUGCCACAGUUUCCAACCCAGGUGAAAACAACCCCACACCUUCAAGACACACCAAUAUUUCAGAUGGAUUCAAUGCCACUAGCAGCCCAACAUGGACAAAUAGAGAAUAUUUCAUUGGCAUAUGGCCCACCAUAUCCCACUCUGGCCUCCAAUCAACCAAUGCACCGACUCAACCCUUCUCCACUAGAGAGGCCAAGAAUGUCACCAGAUCAUAUGGCUUUUCAACCACAAAUCCAACUCAACCACUCUCCCACUCACUUACACAGAAGAGACUUUACAUACCAAUCCCCAGUAAUGAGCCAAAGGCCAACUUCUCCAAAGAGAGUGCUGAACCUUCAUGAUUCUCCACAGUUCAACGGAAAUGGAGUGUCAUUUACACCACAGCCACCUGUAAUUCCUGUGAGGGACAGCAUUGGGCUUCAGAGGGCUCAACCCCGAUCCCCACAUCCAAGACCUAUAACAUCGCCAAGAGGGUCUAUAAGACAGAGAGAAGCUCAGCCCCCUAGUUCAACACUUUCUAUCAGACAAAAACCCCAUCCAAAUGCUUCACCUUCCAGAGCGCAAAGUAGGCAAGGAAGAUCCCAAGUGAGAAGACUACCAUCUCCUCCUCUAUCACCUUCACCAAGAGAGGCACCUCCUCUAUCUGAACGUACUCAAUCUCCUCAGCAAAAUAUUCAGCCUACCUCCAGUUACCCUCCUCCCUCUCCUUCUCAGUCACAUAACACAAGUCAGCCCCUCUACAGCCGCUCCUCUACUCGAAAGCUUAGAGAUGUACCAGGAAGUCAAAGUCAUGGAAUGGGGUCUGUAAAACCCUCUUCACCUAACUCCUACCCAAGAGCACGAGGUAGACGUGGACCCCCUGUUACUCAGCAUGUAGCUCCAUUCAGGUCCUCUGUCCGCAGUGGCCGGGGCACUCCGUCUGGACAGAUGAAAGGUGUGGUUGAAGUCCCUACAUUAACAAGGAAAGGCUCUCAGCGAAGGGACUCAAAACCACGAGCGGUCUUCCAAAGACCUAUUGGUAGGGGACAGCCACUAGUUCGUAUGCCUAGAAAUCAGUCCUCUCCUUCAUGCAGACAAUCAUCCAGAGCACCUCCUCCUUUAAGGCCUCUGGUGUCCCGGCAGCCUUCAUUGAAACAGAGUGGUUCUUUUUCUCCUCAAGCGUUAGUGAAUGGGCUCCAUAAUGGACUGCAAUCACCCCAACCGUUUCAGGACCCAGCUUCCCUAACCUUUCAUUCAGCUUAUCAUAACAAUCAUGGAUUGUAUCCACACUCCACCCUGCCUCACACAACUAUGAGUCCCCAGAAUUUUGGGCCAAGAGCUUUUCCACCUCGAGUACCUUAUCCGAUACCAUCACCAGUUACUGCCUCCCACUCUCAUGGUGUAAACCAGUUUGACUACCCCGCUAUUGUGUCCAGCACAUCCUCAUUUCCAACAAAUUCAUCUCAAAACAUUAACAGUAUACACAACCCAUUUCCCAAUCAACUUCCCUCGUCACUAUCUGCCACCACCUACACACCUCAAACACAGCAGGAAUUUUACCCUUACUCAUCUGGUGGAGAGAUAGUGGGUGAAGCCCAGAAUGUGCAGGAGGUGAGUGACAAUACCCAUUUGGUUCAAUCAGAAUCUUUGAUGCAUGACUCUCAAAUGCCCAGUACCUCCUAUAUGUCACCCCUACAGCCCAAUGCCAAACUGGAAAAAGGUUUUCUCCCACACACACCCAAAUCGACCUCAUUCCCACCAAAUUUAUCUUCUGCUUUGCAUAAUUCCCAGGUAAAAUCUUUGACUUCACCUCUUCAGAAACAUCCCUCUCCCAUGGCUCAUACCCCUCCUUCUCAGCAGACUGUCAGAGGUAAUUCUUCCCUUCUCUCUGGACUCCAGACCUCACAAAUCCAAGGAUCCGUGUUUAAAUUCCCUGUUGAUACAUUUAACUUGCCCCAAAACCCUGUUGAAACUCAAUUUACCAUUGUUGAUGGAAUUGAUGGACUUGGUGGCGCAAAUCACUCCUCCCCUCUUCCCGCCAAUGCACCGCAGAGCCCAACUUUUAAUCAGGGUUCCUAUCAAUUACCUGAUGGCACUUUUGUGAACAAAGAUAAGCCUGCUGAAACCUCUUCUGGACAGUCUAUUCCAUCCCCUAGCUUGUCUACUGCCUUACGUAAUCCUCAUUUGCAGCAAGGCAUGUAUCACUUACCCAGUAGCACGCUAGGAACCAGUUCAGAGCCCAAAUCUUCAACCAUCUCCGCAUCACCUAUGCUUUCCUCCGCGCUACGUAAUCCUAAAGUUAUUAAACCUACUUACAAACUGCCCGAAGGUACCUCAGUUUUAAGAAACCAGCCAUCAUCUGAAACUGUUACAACUUCCUCUCCUUUGCCCUCUUCUGCACCUGUAAAUGCAAAUGUCCGAAAUACCUCUCAAGGACUGUCAAACAGUUCAAUAAAAAUUCAGCCAAGGGAAGUGAUGCAGAGCCCUGAGAGUAGUAGUACUACUACAAGGAAAAAAGAUCAGUCUCAGCUUCAAGAAGGAUCGUCAGAUGAAAUUCAAGCUUUAAAAUCAACACUAACUAGGCCUGUACUCUCUGGCACCUUGCUGAACUCCAGCACCUGUGGUGCCUCUUACAGUCUCUCAAAACCAUCACUACUGGGGGGAACCUUUCCCACUGAAGCUCCUUCUUUUAAUGUUUCCAGUGCUCUUCGUAACCCGAACAUCAGUCGUCCCACCUAUCGUUUACCACCUAAUACUUUGACUGUUCAACAGCAAUCUACCUCUACGUCUAAAACAGUCGACCUGUCUAGUGCUUUGUCAAAAAGCCCUAACAUUCGUAAGGCAAAUUUCAAUCAAUCUGAUAGGAGUAUCAUGCCUCAACUAGGCACCCCUCACUCCCCACAGGCCUGCUCAUUAGAGCUCACUGGUGCAAUCCAGAACCCAGUCAUUCAGGGGGCCUCCUAUCGCCUUCCCUCUACAUGUGCUGUUGUGUCACCCCAUGUCCAGAAUACUGUUCCUGAAAAACACUGGGCUCAUGAUACCAAAGUAGAAGUUCAGGGCCUGCAACAAAAUAUGGAUUUAUGGAGUGCAGAGAAUGUCUUACAUCAAGAGACAGUUCAAAAGCUCAAUGAGUGGUCCAUGUAUGGAGAUGAGAAGCUAGUAGACCACUACCACGCGAUCGCUAAGAAAAACAAGGCGCUUAAACCAGGGGUGUGUAAUCUCAGCAGGGAAGGGGAACCUCAGGGCCCAUGGUUUGACGAGAUGUACUCAAUCAGAAGUCUGUCCACAUUAGCUCAUCGAGAACAACGGGAGGAAGAUGGCGUGGAAGACAUGACACAGCUUGAGGAGAUGCACGCUGAUGCUGUUCUCCAUAAUCUGAAAACGAGGUUUGAACGGAAUCUUAUUUAUACCUAUAUUGGUAGUAUUCUGGUUUCUGUGAAUCCUUAUAAGAUGUACAACAUCUACGGAACGGACAUGGUGCUGCAGUACAAGGGUCACGCCCUGGGCGAGAACCCUCCACAUUUGUUUGCGAUAGCAAAUGCUGCUUAUUCCAAAAUGAUGGAUGCCAAACAAAAUCAAGUCAUUAUUAUCAGUGGGGAGAGCGGCUCUGGGAAAACAGAGGCUACCAAACUUGUCCUUCGCUACCUUGUAGCUUUACAUCACACAUGUAAUGUUGCUCAACAGAUACUUGAGGCUUCUCCUCUGCUGGAGUCGUUUGGAAAUGCCAAAACUGUGCGGAAUGAUAACUCUAGUCGCUUUGGGAAACACAUGGAGGUCUUUAUGGAGGAUGGUGUGAUCAGUGGUGCCAUAACGUCUCAGUAUCUUCUGGAAAAGUCUCGCAUCGUCUUUCAGGCCAAAGAUGAGAGGAACUAUCAUAUUUUCUAUGAGAUGCUGGCUGGUCUUUCCUCUCAGCAAAAGCAGACUUUCUAUCUACAAGAGGCUGAGACCUACUAUUACCUCAACCAGGGAGGGGAUUGUGGAAUUAAAGGAAAGGAUGAUAUUGAGGAUUUCCAGCGUCUACUUGGUGCCAUGGAGAUCCUCCAAUUUACUGCUGAUGACCAGUCGGCCAUUUUUAGAGUUUUGUCUUCCAUACUGCACCUGGGAAACGUCUAUUUUGAGAAAUAUCAGACUGACGGCCAGGAGGUGGCAACAGUGGUGAGCGCUCAGGAGAUCAGAGUGGUAGCAGAGCUGUUGCAGAUUUCUCCAGAAGCCCUACAGAAAGCCAUCACUUACAAAGUCAUGGAGACAAUGAGAGACAAGAUUUACACUCCGCUGACUGUAGAAAGUGCUGUAGAUGCCAGAGAUGCUGUUGCCAAGAUCUUGUACUCGCUGCUCUUUCAUUGGUUAACAGAGAGGGUCAACACUCAGGUGUAUCCUCGCCAACACACUCUCUCCAUUUCCAUCUUGGACAUUUAUGGAUUUGAGGACCUGGUAUAUAACAGCUUUGAGCAGCUGUGCAUUAAUUACGCCAACGAGUACUUGCAGUUCUUCUUUAAUAAGAUCAUUUUUAGAGAAGAACAGGAGGAGUACAGCAGGGAGCAAAUUCCUUGGCAGGACAUUCCAUUUAACGACAACCAGGGCUGUAUCGACCUCAUUGCUGCUAAGCCUCACGGCGUACUGAGAAUACUGGAUGACCAGAGCUGCUUCCCACAGGCGACAGAUCAUACGUUUCUCCAAAAGUGUCAUUAUCAUCACGGCAACAACUCAUUGUACAUGAAGCCAAAGAUGCCCCACCCUGAGUUCACCAUCAAGCACUUCGCUGGAUGUGUUACCUAUCAGGUUUACAAAUUCCUUGAUAAAAACUAUGACCAGGUCCGUCAAGAUGUCCUGGAUCUUUUCAUUCAGAGCAGGAAUAAGAUUGUUUCAAACCUCUUCCUGGCUCAUGCAGAGGUACUGGGGCAGCAGAGAGGAGGUCAUGUAAGCAAGAGCAGCACGGUUACCAGGAAAUACCAAGCAUCCACUGUCAGCAGUAAGUUCCAGCAGUCGUUGCUAGAACUGGUGGAUAAGAUGGAGAGGUGCAAUCCAUUUUUUGUUCGCUGCAUUAAACCAAAUAGCAUGAAGUAUGCAGGUGUGUUUGAAGACAACCUUGUGAAAGGUCAGCUCAGACACUCUGGCAUCAUGGAGACCAUCAGGAUCCGCAAAGAAGGAUAUCCUGUCAGGAUGCCGUUCUCUGUCUUCCUGCUCAGAUAUAAGUCUCUCGUGGGAAUGCAACAGCUGCCGUUAGCCAAUGGAGACAACUGUGUUCUGCUGCUCAGUAAACUAUAUCCUCUUAAACCAGGAGACCACCAUGUCGGGGUCACAAAGUUGUUUGUGAAGGAGGCUGUCUACCAGCUGUUAGAGUGUAAACGGGAGCGCUGUCGUCAGUUCGCUGCACUCACCCUGCAGCGUUAUACUCGCAUGUAUUUUGUCAGAAAACGCUAUGUGGACCUCCGCAAUAUGAUCAUCAAGCUGCAGGCGCAUUGCAGAGGCUUUCUUACCAGAAGGCACUAUGUGAAGAUGAAGGACAGCUUGGUUCGGUUCCGAUCCCUUGUCAACUUUUAUAUCAGCCGGAAACGAUAUGUAAAGAUGAAGGUGAUGGUCCAGAGGAAAGCUGAGGAGGAGAGGAAAAAAAGAGAAAUGGAGCUGAUGAAAAGAGAGGUGGUAAAUGUUACACAUUUGGUGAUCCCUGCUGAGCUCGGGAAUCUACUGCAAGCAGCAGGAGGCAGGAGAGAGUUGCACUCAGAUUGCUUGGCUCUGCUUCAGGCUCCUCAUAUCCAAGAGUCCUCUUCUAGUCAACUCACUCUGCCUUUGGACAUCAACAACUACCCUUUCAAUCGUUACGUGCUCAGCCACUUCAGAGAGCCAAUGUUUGGAAUGUUGAUGACACCCCUGGAGGCACCUCUAACAUGCAUAGAAGAGGAUCUCAAAGGAGAAGCUUUGGAGCUUUUCAACAUGGUGUUAAGAUUCAUGGGGGAUCCUCAUUUGAACGGCGCGCAAGAGAACAUCUUUGGCAAUUACAUCAUUCAAAGAGGUCUCUCGUCUCCAGGUUUACGAGAUGAGAUCUUGGCUCAGGUGGUCAACCAGGUGUGGCGAAACGUUAACGCUGACAAUGCAGAGAGAGGCUGGUUGCUAUUGCUUGCGUGUGUCUGCAGCUUUGCUCCCUCGCCACAGAUGGACAAAUAUCUACUCAAGUUUGUUUCUGACCACGCUGCUGUUGGCUGCCAAGCACUUCUCCAACAUAGACUCAUGCAAGCCAAUCAGAAGAUGCAGCAGAGCUCAGGCCCCGCUUCUGAGACAUCACGGACUUAUCCGCUGUCACUGCUCGAGUGGACGGCCAACAGGAAAAAAGCUAACAUGGCGUUACAUGUGCAUUGUUUUGAUGGAGCGUCAUUCCUGUGUCCAGUUCACUCCUGGACGAGCGGCGAGGAUAUAGCGGCAGACAUCCUGCGCCACAGGGGCGUGUCAGAGUGGUGGAAAGGGAGUUCUGUCCUGAUGAAGGAGCACGGCCAAUGGGUGGAGUUGGCAGGUCACGACUACGUGAUGGACUUGAUUGCCGACCUGGAGCUUCCAAAUGACUUCCCAAAGCAGAAGAGCUAUUUCAUCAUCAGUACUGACAGCCCCACUAGAGUCAAAGCCAACACCAGCCUAACAUUAUUAGGAAGCGGAUUCGAUUCAGAUGACGAACCUCCUCCUUCCCUGCCUAUGAGCCCUAGCUGCAGACCAGCCUACAGCCUGUCUGACUCUGACGGUUACCAUAGUCAUGUUGACUCUGAUGCAUUCAGUGAUGGUCAGACCCAGAGAGGAAUGGACCGCUACCUGGACAGCCUUUUUGACCCGGUGCUGACAGACAGCGGCAUGGACAUGGAAAAGCCUGGAAAUUUGGCAGCAAGAAUUAAGGGAGGCCGAGGUGUUGGCAUUUCAGGGGGAGGACAAGGAGACCGGGAGAGUAAUCCUAUCCCAAGUAGGUCGUAUCCACCAGGAAUACACCCUGGAGCUGUACCAGUCCUCCCAGUAGCAGGAGGAAUGAUGCCACCUAUCCCUGCUAUGCCCAUUCCUUCUCACCACCAUCAUCAUGAACACCACCACCAACAGCAGCGACAACAGCAGCCACAACAAUACCACCAGUACAGUCGUCCCACAAACCCAUCUCAUCAAGCGACUUCGUCCACUGCCACACAUGUAACGCCCAGUCAGUCAUCCACUCAUGCCCCAUCUGAAGCCCCUUCCAAGGCUUCCUCUGUGGACCCCGGUCCAGUGAGUGCGAUUGAUGUAGCAUCACAUGGCACCAGUGUUCUAGGUUUGGGCUUGCCCCCACUUCCGCCCGUGCCUGUAAUUCCAGGCUUGCCUGUUUUGACAGGUACAGAACAGACAGUACUGACUCAACAACAGCAAGCUAUUAUCAACCAGCAAGCCAUCAUUCUGGCCCAGCAAAUGACCAUGCAGGCCAUUGCACUCCAGCAGCAGAUGAUGUCCUCCUUCCCUCCAUCUCAGUCGCCACCACUACAUUAUUACAUGCAUUCACCGCAACACUCUCGCACACCCAGUCCAACUAGAGAGCGAGAGGUUUCACCUUCCAGGUCCACCCCUCGGCACAAAAUGAGUCCAACAAGCGACCACUCUCCUGAAGACGUGGUCCGUGCCAGUGUGAGUAACACCGAGCGCAUGGAGCCUAGCCAUGAUAUCAAAGACAUCAUUAAACAGCACCAGCCUCCUGGCAUGAGUCCCACCGGACCUUCAAUCAGACGCAAAGAUGAGGGAAAGAUAUUUCGAAAGAAGCCAGACCCCCAUGAAGAGGCCAUGGAGAUCCUGAAAGACCAAAUGGCUAAUCCACCUCAACCAAUCCAGAAGAAAUCUUUCCGUCACAAAGAGCAGAGCAUAGAUACAAAAAUAACCAAUUCGGGUGAACCAACUCAUUCCAACAUAGGUCCUACUCCUCCGCCAGUGCGCAGAGAGUUGCCAAUCGAAAAUGAGGUCAUCCAGACGCAACUACACAGCAGGACCAGUGAUGAAUAUUAUACCUACACUAAUGUCCCUUGGAAACUUUACCUGAGGAAGGAGGUGUUUUAUCCUAAAGAAAACCUAAAUGAUCCGCUGAUGUUGGACAUGACUUUCAGACAGGUGGUACAUGACACAUUUUCUGAGGCCUGCAUUCGAAUCACUCAAGAAGAGAGACAAAAGAUGAAAACUUACUUCGUGGAAAACCAGGUGGAUCAAAUUGCAGGAACUCACAAUGAGAGUAUUAAGAAGAAGGUGGUUGCCAUGGCAAGAGACUCAUGGGAGAUCUACUUUUCUCGCCUUUUCCCAGCCUCUGGCAGUGUGGGUACGGGAGUGCAGGUGUUGUCUGUGUCACAUCAAGGCAUUAAACUGCUUAAACUGGUGAGGAGCAGCUCCACUGCUCCAGACUACUUCAGAGUACUGAGACCUUACAGCUACUCGGACAUCCUGUUCGUGUCUGUUCCGUCCAAAAACAUGUUGGAGUUCAAUCUGGUCAAUGAGAAGCUGAUCCUGUUUUCGGCUAGGGCCCAGCAGGUCAAAAGCAUGAUUGACUACUUCCUCACUGAGAUUAAGAAGGAUUCAGAGUAUAUGGUGGCAGUGAGGAACUACAUCAAUGAGGACAGGACACUGUUGAGCUUCCACAAAGGAGACAUCAUUAGACUACAACACAUGGAUGGCCUGGAGACGGGCAAACGUUAUGGCUGCAUUGUGAAGAAAAAGGUGAUGCUACUGGAAGAAAUCAAGAGAGACACAUCUGAUUUUGGCUGGCGGUUCGGGGCAGACUACGGUAUGUCGGGAGUUUUUCCUAUCGAACAUGUUCGACCUGUGGCCGCUCCAGACUUCCUGCUUCUUCCAACUGAGAGGGCGGAGCCUCGUGACAGACAGGGACGCGUCGCUGCCUCAGCUGCUGUUGCCGUAGCAUUGGGCUCAGCGGUCGCCGCCCAAGAACUUGACCGCUCAACAGAAGUAGUAAAAGACACUUAUGUGGAGAGCCCCGAUGAGGAAUUUCAUGAUAUGUCCCUCUAUGGCAACCAGUACCACAUGUGUGAGUUUGCUAAGAUGUACUUCAGAGAAGCACAGAGAAACAGGAAUGAUCCAAAAGUCAAAAAGGGGAGAGAGGGCAGGGAUCCAUCUGAUAUGAUCAAAUUCUCCAAGUCUCCCCUCCAAGAGUCUCUGAUUGACUUCUCAGACAGUGGGAUGAAUAAAGUGGCCUCUGACAUCUCUUCAGCUCUAAUGAAGUUCAUGGGAGACCUGCCACUGAAAGGUCUAACAGAACAGGACCUUGUAACCACCAUAUUGAAGUUAAGUGCUGAUCACGGCUUGAUGAAAGAUGAAGCCUAUUGCCAGGUGAUGAAGCAAGUCACUGCCAACGACAGCUCCAAACCAGACAGUUGCCAGAGGGGAUGGAGGCUGUUGUAUAUCCUGACUGCUUUCCAUCGCUGCUCACUUGUGAUGAAGCCAUUUCUCCUCAGCUUUCUACAUGACGCCUGUGUUAGCAUUGGACUGCAGUACCAAGGUAUUGCCAAGGCAUGUGAGCAUAACCUGAGGAAGACAUUUCAGUAUGGAGGACGUUUACAGUAUCCCAACACCAUGGAAUUGAAAGCAAUGAUGGCAGGGCGGAGUUCCAAAAGACAGCUGUUUCUGCUGCCAGGUGGGCUUGAAAGACACUUGAAAAUCAAGACAUGUUCUGUUGCUUUGGAUGCCAUCGAGGAGCUAUGUUCUGAAAUGGACCUGCACAGAGUGGAAGCUCUGGAUGAAUAUGCCAUUUUUUUGGUCACACACAGAGGUCAGAAUGUGCGUCCCCUAAUCAAGAGGGAAUACAUUUUAGAUGUUGCUACAGAAGCGGAACUAGUGGAUGCCAACUACAGUCUUUGGUUCCGGAGAGUCAUAUGGAGCCUUGCUUUGAAACUUGAUAAUGAACUAUAUGUUACCAUGCAUUAUAACCAGGUAUUGCCCGAUUACCUGAAGGCCUUGCUGAGUGUGGUCUCAUUAAGUAAGGCCAGUGAACAACAUCUGCAACAGCUUGCCAGAUUAGCUGCUCUACAGCACCGUGCCAAAGAUGCUGUCAAUCUGCCCGCCAUACGUGAGGUGCAGGAGUAUGUCCCAUCACAGUUCUACAGCAAACAGAAUCCACAGCAGUGGCUCAGUAUGGUAACUCAACAUAUGCAGCAGGUCCAGCCUUUAACCCCCCACCAGGCCCGUGCACAGUUCCUUGGUCUGGUCAGUCCCUUCCCCAUGUUCGGUUCUUCCUUCUUCUACAUCCAAAGUUCCAGCUCGGCCUCCAUCAAGGCUCCCUGCAUCUUGGCAGUGAAUCUUAAUGGACUUCACUUCCUAAACAAAGACACUCACGAGGCCAUGGUGCGUUUCCCUUUAAAAGAGGUCCAAUCAACUCGCACCCAGAGACCAACAUCAGGCUCAAGUUACCCAUACGUUGAAAUAAUGAUUGGAGACUUGCUCAACCAACGCUUAACACAGCUUCAGCUCGAGCAGGGCCUGGAGCUGUGUAGAGUGGUUGCCAUGCACAUGGAGAACAUGCUUUCUGCCAGAGAAAAGAGACUCACUUUGCCACCAAGCGAAAUCACCAUGCUGUAGCAUAAAAAAAUUACAUAGGGGCUGGCUCGCAUGAUGCAAUGCAUUUUUUCUUUUGAUGAAAAGCCAAAAUGUCUAGGAAAAAAAGGUGUGAUGCCACUGAUUAUGUCAUGUUAAGAUUGAAAUACAUAAAAUACCGAAAAUACCAUAAACAUCCAAAACUGAAGCACCCAUAUUUUUUCCCUCAUGUCCCUUGAAAAUACUGCAUCUACCUCUGUUUUUGUAUUUGGAUAUUUGUUCUCAACUUCAUAACAUGGUAUUGAAAUAUGUAACACUAUUCCAUGUUUAAAAAAAGUCUUGUUCAAUGUUUUAUAUCAUUCAGUCACAUCCAUGAAACCUAGUUUCAAAAAUUAUUAAAAUAUAUAUUCUUAAAAAAUGUCAAUAUUUUAUCUCUGGACCCUGUAAAAUAUCUUUUAUACUGUAUGUGCAUAUACUAUGAAAGAAGAGCACUGCCCUCAAAAUCACUACAAUGAGUCAAAUGUUUGCGGUCAUGCAAUUUGAGACAAAAGUGGAAGUCGGUGUCAAGUCCUCCUUUGCUGAAUUCAUGUUGUCACAUGGGUGAUUCUUAGGAAAUGAGAUUGAAUAUGAGUGAGUAUGGCUCCUUUCUGAAGAACAGAAUGGUUUUGCUGGCCUUGAUUACUGCUAUACUGAAUUUGAAUGGCUACUGUAUAAUAUGCUCUUACAGUGAGUAAGGAGUUGUACUGUGGUAGCUGCCAACCGAUGUUUCCUGUUUGUCCUUGCAGAAAUGAACAUGAUGUGCAUUCCAAGUGUACUUUAAUAUAACUUUUGCUUUUAUACUGGGGGAAAAAAAUCAAGGAUGCUACAGACACUGAAUCAUUUUUACUGCCGGCCAUGAAUUCAAGGUGGAGACCAGAUGGAUUUCACGUUUUAAAAUGCAUAUUUUGGCAAUAUUUCAGAACUGAUUUCAAUAUUUUGUGUAAUAUGUGGUUUAAAAUGUUGUUGUAUAUAAGAAAUGCAUCUGAAAUCAUUAAAGUUUGUAGAAUAACAACCAG